AAAAAAACAAAGCGUUUGGGGUAAUUAAACGAAUGACGUGUAGCUAAUGUGGCAUUUGUAAAUUCGUUGAUCAUUUCACAGGUAAGAUUGUUUAAAAUCUUUAACUGAUAUUUAAUCGGUUGAAGUAACAGGGCCCUACACAGCCGUUUCCGUGGUAACCAAUGUGUUUUCGGAAUUCUCCGUUGGAAUGUUUAGAUGCCCAAAGAUGUCUAAACAUUUAGAUCUCAAGAACUGUUGUGAUGGAGAGUCGCACAUAGUCAGUGAUGACACCUUCCAAAACACACUGCGCAAGUUCAUACAGCUUGAAAAGGAACAUUUGCCCACAUCAGAAAAAGGUCCUGAUGAACAACGAUACGUUAUUUACAGCUCUGCUUUUGACAAGAUAAUAGAGCAUGCCACAGCAUACAAGAGGAUUCUAACUGCUAUUAAGGAAGAAUAUGAAGACUUCAUAAAUUCUGUGAAAAAGAGUGGUAGAGAUGCUAAGCUUGCCCAGAGGAAGUUGAAGGCCAUCAUUGCACAGCCCACUUCUCUUAUGUACUGUCAGCGACGAGCUGUGGAACUUCAGGAGAGGAUUGCAAUCAUCCAGAGGGACACUGCUGAGCUACAGGCAGAGCUACAGAGGAUCGAGGAGAACAGGAAAGACGAACAUCACUCAGCGCAGAAGAAGACAUCAAACACGAAGACGUGUCACCUUAUUGGACAGAUACCCGGUCUGACAUUUGAAGAGUCAAUGAACCCAGCUGCACUGGCCAAGUACCAGGAGGCCCUGGAGAGGAAGCGAGCAGACCUGUGGAACUUGAAGAAGAACCACUAUGUGGCUCUGCAAGUCAAGGUCGGUCUGGACUGCAAGGUGACGGCAGCCUUAGAUCAGAGAGAUGAGCUCGUUCUGGAGAGCGACCAGCUUCAUCUGCGUCUCCAACAACUACAAUGUGUAAAUGAUACAGUUACUUCUUGGAAGAGUGAGGAAGAUGGUCCUUUCCUUGAGUACCUCUCUGCGAAUCUUGAGCACAUAGCUGAAAUUAAAGUAUCUGAUACAGCGGAUCACACAAGUGCAGAGUCUGAAGAAGAUGAUCCUGGCAAAGUCAAUGAAUCGGAAAUUCUUGUUGACUAUAUUGAGAGAUUCACAGAGCUGUUUGAAAGUGGUGAUUAUGAGGCAGCUGCCUUCCAUGCAGCCAAAUCUCCACAUGGAGUGCUAAGGAACAUGGAAACCAUGGAGAGAUUCAAAGCUAUCACGGUGUAUGAGGGGGAGGUUCCUCCACUGCUGCAGUUCUUCGAAGCGAUAAUGAACUCGGUGCAGGAUGACCGACGUCUCCCGAGCGAAGAACUGUCUGUGGAGAGCGUCCGCUGUGCCCUGCAGCACAACUUUGUAGAGCUGGUCACUCAUUGGGUCACACAGCGCAGACUGACUUACAGUGAAGCUCUUGGAGAUGUGAUCUGUGGCCAUGGCGACAAGAAGCUUAGAAUCACUGACACCUGCCUGGCCCUGGCUCAAAUGGUGUACGCCGCCUGUGGCUUGCACAGAAAGGCCGCACUGACCAUGUGUAAGAGAGGCCUGACCUUCGGCGCCAUGGAGUUCAUUCAUCAACACAAGGACUUCACUGAUGAUGACUGCAUGUCAGUGCUCAGUGGCUGUCCCAGUCUGUCUCUGCUUCAGGCCUUGACACAGCAGUACAAAGGCAGGCCUCCCGUUUUGUCAGUGGGCUACGCAUGCUGCUCGCUCCUAAACUCUGAUCUGGAGGACCUGGCCCUGGAGCUGCUGCAGGAGAUUCACACAGACAAGCAAGGUUCUCUUGAGAAGACCAUAACUGAGGAUGCCUGGUGCAGCGCUGAGGACUGGAGUGAGAUUGCCAACCGCUGCGAUUGGAAAAAAUAUCAUCAACUGGCUCAAGAGAUCAACAAUAUUUUGCAGUUCUUGCCGGGCAGAGCGGACAGCAGGCUCAUGGAUCAUGUGCUCAUGUAGACGUAAGACCACUAGAUGGCGCAAAUGAGACAAAUAUAGUGAGUCCAAAGCAUACAAAAUGACCACAGCAGGACAUUACUACUAACAGCUAUUUGAGACAUUGUAAGUGUUUUAUUUUGUUUUUCCCUCAAAACAUGACUGGUUUAUUCUGUGUUUUAAUUCACAUUUUUGUUUUCAUACAUAGUCCUAAUUUUUUUGUCCAAAAGUGUUGACAGUGUCAGAUUGUUUAUUAAGCCUAGUGGCACCAAUUGGUUUCUUCUUUCACAUGCAGCACUUGUAGAUUUCCCACAAAAAGAUCACAUUCACAUGCAUCAUCCCACAUUUGUGAAGCUCAUUAAAACCCAGGGAUGGGUGGCAAUGCUGA